AUGCAGGUUCACGGCGUGAGGAUUGUCUCAGUCUCCAGCUCAAUCGCUCACCCACGCCAUGUCCCGCAGGUGCUAAGACCGACGACCAAGUGCAAGUUGAUUCCCCGCCGGCUCAUUGGCCGGCGUCACAUCGGCACUCUUCACCUACCCUCUCGAGCUCAUUCGGGUUCGGUUGGCGUUCGAGACACACCAUUCGCUCGCCGAACGAUCCUCCUUGACACGGACAAUACGGCAGAUAUACCAAGCAUCCCUCAUACCUCCACCCCCUGUCGCUUCCACCUCCAAUCUCAAAACUGCCUCUGCGCCGUCAUCAACACCCUUACCCACAACACCAAUAAAAAAUCUUCGAGUCGGCGAACCUUCCUUGACACACUUUUAUCGGGGCAUUUUCCCGACCCUCUUCGGCAUCGUCCCCUACGCCGGCGUAUCCUUCCUCGUCUGGGGAUUCCUCAAAACCGACCUCGUGCCGACCAUGUUCAGCCCCAGCACGCGAGAACGCCAUCGAACGUGGAUCGACUUGGCCGCCGGAGGCAUAGCAGGUGCCCUAGGUCAGACCUCCGCUUAUCCGCUGGAUAUCAUUCGAAGGAGGAUGCAAGUCGGCCCCGUUCUACCUGGUGGUGGGGGUGCGAGACAUGGGUUUUGGGACACGGCGCGAACGAUCUAUAAAGCGCAUGGGUGGAGGGGAUACUUUGUGGGAUUGAGUAUCGGGUACCUCAAGGUCAUUUUUGCAUAUUCCUUGCACGAACGCGACGACUACGCCUCAAUUCCCCAUACCACCCAGCGUCUCUUCCUCGAGUUCGUGAUCGACGGAGACUCCCACUGAGUCGAGACCGAUCGACUCAACUACAUCCGGUUGCAUCAAAACAACGUGCGCCUCACCACGGCCCAAGGCAUCACCGACGCUGUUGCCAACGGCUUCACCCCGGAUCAAAUUGGAUGUUCGGUGAUGUUGGGCUCGACGUUCGAGAACAGCCCGCGCGAGAUCACGCAGCGUUACCAAGAUGCGAUGGCUUGCGUCGUCAAACAUGGAAAGCCUUCGCUAUUCAUCGCGGUGACGUGCAACCCCGAAUGGUUCGAGAUCAUGGCUGCACAGGGGCCGAACGACAAAGCAUGCAACCGUCCGGAUCUCAUUGCACGAGUGUUUGAAGCCAAGUUGA